UUCGUCAAUCACGCCCUGGAGCUGCUGGUGAUCCGGAAUUACGGCCCGGAGGUUUGGGAGGACAUCAAGAAAGAGGCACAAUUGGAUGAAGAAGGACAGUUUCUAGUCAGAAUAAUUUAUGAUGAUUCCAAAACAUAUGAUCUGGUUGCAGCCGCAAGCAAAGUCCUUAAUCUUAAUGCUGGGGAAAUCCUUCAAAUGUUUGGGAAGAUGUUUUUUGUGUUCUGUCAAGAAUCUGGUUAUGACACAAUCCUACGUGUCUUGGGCUCAAAUGUCAGAGAAUUUUUGCAGAACUUGGAUGCUCUGCAUGACCAUCUUGCUACUAUUUAUCCGGGUAUGCGUGCCCCUUCCUUUAGGUGCACUGAUGCAGAAAAAGGGAAAGGACUCAUUCUGCAUUAUUAUUCAGAGAGAGAAGGACUCCAGGAUAUUGUCAUUGGAAUCAUCAAAACAGUAGCUCAGCAGAUCCAUGGUACAGAAAUAGACAUGAAGGUUAUUCAACAGAGAAAUGAAGAGUGUGACCACACUCAAUUUUUAAUUGAAGAGAAAGAGUCUAAGGAAGAGGACUUUUAUGAAGACCUUGACAGAUUUGAAGAGAACGGGACCCAAGAGUCCCGCAUCAGUCCUUACACUUUCUGCAAGGCUUUUCCUUUCCAUAUAAUAUUUGACAGAGAUCUGGUGGUAACGCAAUGUGGCAAUGCUAUAUACAGAGUCCUUCCGCAGCUUCAGCCAGGAAACUGCAAUCUAUUGUCAGUUUUUUCCUUGGUUCGACCUCAUAUUGAUAUUAGCUUCCAUGGGAUCCUCUCACAUAUCAACACUGUCUUUGUAUUGAGGAGCAAGGAAGGAUUGUUGGAUGUAGAAAAGUUGGAAUGUGAAGAUGAACUAACUGGCACAGAAAUCAGCUGCUUACGCCUCAAAGGUCAAAUGAUCUACUUACCUGAAGCAGACAGUAUUCUCUUUCUUUGUUCUCCAAGUGUGAUGAACUUGGAUGAUUUAACUAGAAGAGGGUUAUAUCUGAGUGACAUUCCAUUGCAUGAUGCUACCCGUGACCUAGUCCUUUUGGGAGAGCAGUUCAGAGAGGAAUACAAGCUGACUCAAGAACUGGAGAUCCUCACAGACAGACUUCAGCACACACUAAGAGCACUGGAAGAUGAGAAGAAAAAGACAGACACAUUGCUGUAUUCUGUCCUUCCACCAUCUGUUGCAAAUGAACUAAGACACAAGCGACCUGUGCCAGCUAAGCGGUAUGAUAAUGUGACCAUUCUCUUCAGUGGCAUAGUUGGAUUCAAUGCAUUCUGCAGUAAACAUGCCUCUGGAGAGGGAGCCAUGAAAAUUGUUAAUCUUUUAAAUGACCUUUACACAAGAUUUGAUAUUCUGACUGAUUCACGAAGGAAUCCGUUCGUUUAUAAGGUGGAGACAGUUGGAGACAAGUAUAUGACAGUGAGUGGUCUACCAGAGCCAUGCAUUCAUCAUGCACGAUCUAUCUGCCACCUGGCAUUGGAUAUGAUGGAAAUAGCAGGACAGGUUCAAGUAGAUGGAGAGCCUGUACAGAUAACAAUAGGUAUCCACACUGGGGAGGUGGUUACAGGUGUCAUAGGCCAAAGGAUGCCGCGCUACUGUCUCUUUGGAAACACUGUUAAUCUAACAAGCAGAACAGAAACCACUGGAGAAAAAGGAAAAAUCAAUGUUUCUGAGUACACCUACAGGUGUCUUAUGUCUCCAGAAAAUUCAGAUCCUCAAUUCCACCUAGAACACAGAGGCCCUGUUUCCAUGAAGGGUAAAAAAGAACCAAUGCAAGUUUGGUUUUUGUCCAGAAAGAGUACAGAGACAGAGGAAAUAAAGCAAGAUGUUUACUGA